AUGGUUAUGAAGAUGCACUUUAAGCCUGAGAAGACAUUCCGUGUGGCGGUGGUGGAGUUCGGAGCAAUGGCCAGAGUGAAAACAACUCUAGUGGAAGGUAGCAGCAAGCAGCAAGUCCUGGCUGGCGUGGCUUCGAUCAGCCUGCGUGGUGGAGACCCUAAUCCCGUGGAAGCGUUCCGAUUGGUGGAAGCCACUGUGUUUAAAACUCAGUAUGGCGAUAGAAGUCACGUGCCUAAUGACGUCAUUUUUGUCACCGGAGGUAUCGCCAUUCAGAGAGAGGUUGUCGAGCGAGCCACGGCCAUGAAGAAAGAGGGAACAAGAGUGUUGGCCAUAGGUAUUCGUCUAUCGAGGUCAGAACGCUACCUGCUCAAUGAUAUGGUUUCCUACCCAGCGUCCUCUAAUGUCAUCCUCAUCUCGUCUCAACAGGACUAUCAGGAACACGACGACAAGUUCAUAGAGAUACUUUGUGAAGACCAAAACCAGUGCGCCAGCAGACCGUGUAGAAAUGGUGGUGUUUGUGUGGACAAGCGGGGCGGAUACGUCUGUGAGUGUCCCCGGGGAACGGCUGGCAAGAACUGUGAGAGAGCUUGUAAUGCCGAUUCUGAUAUCGUCUUCAUGGUUGAUUCCACCGGAAAUGGCCGACGGUCCCAACAUGAGGCAUGUCGAGGGCUUCAUUCGGGACGUCGUAUCUCAACUUCCGGUCACCAGUGGCCAAGUGCGGAUCGGCCUGGGUACCAUCAACUCCAAGAGUCAGAUAAUGUUCUACCUGAAUACUUACCGCACCGCCGAGGACAUACGGGAUGCUCUGUCGGCCAUUACUUACGAGAACGGCGAGCUGAACAUCGCUGCCGGAAUCAGGACGAUGAGGGGCAAGCUUUUCAGUUAUCGACAGGGUGACAGAAGAGAUGU